UUUGGUAUGUAAAAUGAAAAGCAGAUGAUGCAAGGAGACAUCUGGAUAGUCCCAAAUUGCGAAGGUUUUGAUAAAAGCAUGGCUGUUGUUCUUGGCUUUCAAAUUCUUCCAUCUAGUACAAUAGUCAAGCCCGAGCCUGAUCACUCGCAUUCUGUUAUCCACGGUGUCAAAGUUCUAUUAGCCGACUCUGAUGAUGUGAAUAGAGGAGUAACGAGGAAGAUGCUCGAGAAAUUGGGAUGCAACGUUGCUGUAGUUUCAUCUGGAUACGACUGCCUUGGUGCUCUUGGCACCGAUGUGUCCUCGUUUCGAAUUGUCCUGUUGGAUCUUCGCUUGCCUGAUUUGGAUGGCAUUGAAGUUACCAUGAGAAUUCAAACGUUUCGAAACAGUAGCUGGCCGUUGAUUAUUGGUUUAGCUGCAACUGCUGAUGAAGAUGUAAGUGGAAGAUGUCUGCAGAUUGGAAUGAAUGGAAUUAUAUGUAAACUAGUGCUCUUACCAGGACUUGCUCAUAAGCUUCAGAAAGUCCUGCUCCAGGCAAGCAGAAUCAUUUCGUAAUGGUUAAA